AAUGGAUAAAGGUCAUUUGGUUGCAGAAAAAAUAGCGACAAACAACCAGCCUCAACAGCAGCAGCAGCAAACAACAGACAACUUUUGUAACAAAGAUGACGUAGUGGUAGUGGUAAAUGCUGCAGUAAAAAAGGAAAAAUCUCAGACGACAGUGGCAGUAACUGCGGCGGAAGCAAGCGAUGUUACUUCGUCCCAAACAAAGGCAACGGCAGCGACGCGUGGCAAAGAAAUCAAUGAGAAAAAGGUCGAAGGAAAAAAUAUUAAUGAGUUUCCCUCGGAUACCGAAGAACUACUGGGUUCCCUGACCACAUACAAUUGCCAUGGCACACGAACUAGUGCUCGUGUCAUACAAAAAAUGCGCCAAGAUCAACAAACCCGCCCCACAACACCGCCACCUACCAACGAACGCGAAAAUACUCGAACUAAAGACGAACGUUCUACGGCGCAAAAGACUCCUUCACAAGUACGAGCCAAUCGUCCGACAUGGUCGAAUGUCGAAAGAAAUCAUUUCUUUGAUGCCCUCAAUGAGUUCGGUAAAGAUUUUGAGGCAAUUGGAAAUUUUAUCAAUUCGAAAUUGAAACGACGCAGUCCAGCGAUAGAUGUAUCCUUCAAGUCGAAGGAUCAAGUGCGUCAGCAUUAUUAUCAAACAUAUCAUAAGAUUUGUAAAUAUGUACGAUUUUCCGAAGAGAUUCGUAAACCAGCACAGGAAUUAUAUGCCCUAAUCAAUUAUGGGGAAAUGAGACGGAAGUUACAAUUCGUCACUGACAAACAUUUUAUGAAAUUGAAAAAUCUUGUCUAUCAUGGUCAUGUUACGGUGCGGUGUAAAGGCAAGAAUAUACGCAUUAAGACUCCUUCCUGUAAGGCUUUACGACGACUUAAUCAAUUGGAUGAUUCCCUGGAAGAUAUAAGGUUACCUUCAAAAAUCGAAGUUAUUAUUAGUCCCGCGAAUAUGGAAGCAUUCGGCCGUGUUCAGGCAAUUGCCCAAAAUCCACGUUGCCGUACCACUGUGCCAUUACACAAGAAAUUGAUCAACUUCAUUAAUAUGUUUCAACAUAAAUGGCGUAGCAUGGAUGUACGGGUGGCCGAAGAAGCCCGUCUUAUGAACUCGAAUGACUCUAGCACGUCAAUGGACACAACCAUCAAUGCCGUUCAAGAUCCCGAAUUAUGUUUUCUUCCUAAACCUGGUGUAACCAUACAUCGUCCUCUACUAAGCAUCACAGAAUACCUAAGCAGUGUCAAUAUUUGCCUAACAGCCUAUGAAGAACGUAUGGGUAUAACACACAAAGGCGAUAUAUUGAACAGUAAUGAGCGUCAUGCAAGUUCUACAAAUAAUACAUCCGGCUCGGUGCCAACAAUGUCUUCCAGUUGCAGUUACGCUCACACAGCCGCUAAUUCGAAACGUUUACGAACUGAAAGUGGUUCGGAAAAGAAAUCGCCUGAACAAAAUAAACGCUCAAGAAAUUCGGAAAGUUUGACAGAAAAUAUAAGCGUGGCCGAUGAAAUGCCUUCGUCGUCCUCCUUAACGGAUUUGGAUAAUUUUCAAGUUGGUAAACAACCUGAAAGUAGCAGUGAUGAGUUGAGUGAUGAAAUUCAAGAACUACUCUCAGACUCAGCUGCAGAACUUAAUACAAGCAAGGAAGAUUUGACAAUAAUACCCCCUAUGACCACCGAAAUUUCAUCUAGUACCACCAACUGCAAUCUGACAACAAACCCCAACCCCGCCCUCAAUACAUCCACAACAACGACGACCACUACAUUAUCCCAAGCGUCUUCGGUACGUGCCAAAACUUCACGAGCCAUGAACUCUAAGGCAACACGCUCAGUAUUUAAACCAUUGCUCAAUGACGAUAUCAUACAAAGUAUACGAAGUGGCUGGACCGCUUCAAAGGCCGGUGACAUAACCAUUGGAGAUUUGUAUGUAGUUCUGGGUCAUGAUUCGAAAUUGGAAUUGGAUUAUUAUUGGCUGGCGAAAACAAAAAGUCAUGGUAUGCCAAACAAAGAAUCUCAAACAUCAGCGAAUGGUGUGACAGGAGCAGCAGCGCCCGAGAAUGAGGAACCCAAGGAAUCCGUUGGAUUAAGCAAUAAACUUAAACAUUUGCUAUUGAUAGCUAAUUUAAGUGAACGCAAGCGCAAACGUCCAUGUACAUGUGAUCGUAAUCAUGCAGCUAAAUCGAGGUUUGAAAUGGAACUAGUUGCCGGUAACUAUGUGGCCAAUAGAUCACCCUACAUUAAUUGUGCACGAGUGGGACCUAAUAAGCCGAAUGAAAGCAGCAGCAGUGUAAUGUUCAGACAACCAAUGAUUCCGGUACGCAGGACUGCAAUCGACCCAGUAAAACAAUUGACUACGCUGACAAGACAAAAAAUGUCUCGUCAAAUUUUAGUGCAAAGACUUUUGCUACCCAGCAAUGGCAAUUCAUCAUCUUCCUCCUCAUCCUCCAGUAGCCCUAAUAAUCCAUCGACGUCAUCAGCAAUAACGACGUCUUCGUCAUCAUUGCGUAAUACUAGUCAAGUGCCUUGGAAUUUAAAUAGACGAAUAAAUGUUUCCACUGCAUCCUCCGAUCUUGCCUCCACCUCCACAUCAUCCUCUCCCUGUGUUUCGACAACAACGCCAAUUACAGACGAUUCUACCACAGAUAGUCAAGAUUUGUGUAGAUUUUUAGAUUCCAUAGAUUGUGAUAGUCGUCAGCAUUUGUUGUCAUCCAAUGUGGAGGAAAUGUCAUCAUUACAACAACGUGAUCAACGUCAUCAAUCGGAUGUGCACGAAGAAACUGGCGAUAGAACCGAUGGUGGUCCCUGUUCGGUACAAUCAAUUGAUAGUGCUUAUGAUGAAGCUUCAAAUGCCAGCUUCCUAAAUGGCCUUAGUCCUAUGCAUCUCAUAAGAGAUUCAACUUCAAAUUCUCGUUGGUUAGAGGAAAAUAUAAAUGAUUUCUCUUUGACUAGUCUAUUGGGCCAUUUGGAUGAUAUAAAUGCAAGUCGUGAUAUUUUGGACCCCUCGUCAAGUAUGUCAGUUAUCAGUGAAAGCAGUGUUGAUUUCCGGCACAAAUUUCAAGAGAUUAAGGCCUUAUUACCAACCCAAGAAAAGGAUUAAUAUUUAAUUU